UUCUGUACCAUUUUAGUCCUGUGUGGUUCUGGCUCCCCAAAAUGCAUAGACUCUCUGACACUCCGAUUCCCACUAACAACUGAGACUAACCAAGACAACAAGGAUACCGCUGGUCCCCUAGCCUAUUCCUAGUGAGAAGCAACAGCAGGCUACUGUGAGAAAAGGGAAGAACAUGGAGAAUCCUUCUGUGGCCCCGGUGCAAAGGGAUGGCCAAAAGCUGAGGAUGGGGCAACAGGAAUAUUGAGAAAACUUUAACACUGCAGUUCCCACCCUAAGCACAAGGUAACAGUAGAGAAAUUUGAAGCCAGUGGUACAACUAAGAUAAAUAUUGCAACAACAAAACCCAAUUCCAGCUUAAUUCCUGACCAGAUUAAUUCAGCACUCCACCCUGACAUCCUAGCAGAACAUGUGUGCCCAGUUUUAGGCAAAAGAAUAAUGUUUUCUUCAGUCUUUAGUGUUUUGUAUAUGUUAUCUGGCAUUUUAUUUUAAAAAUACAAGAUCAAAAGUUGAGAACAAUCUUCUGCCAAUAGAUAGCAGACCAAUCAAUAAAACCACAUUUAUAGAUAACCAUAUUUUGGGACUAUUAGGGAAUUUUACAAAACUGAUUGAUAUGCUAAAGACUCCAGUGAAAAGGGCGGAUAAUAUGCAUGAGCAGAUAGGGAUUUCAGUAAAAUUUAAUAGUCAAAUGGGAAAUGCUAGGAAAAGAAAAUUUAUGCUACUGCUUUUACUUUUAUCAGAACGCUUUUGAAGGACUUAUGAGUAGGCUCAACAUAGUUGAGAAAAGUGUCAGAACUUGAAUAUAGGUCAAUAGAAAUCAUGCAAACUAAAACACAAAAAGAAAAAGUGUGAAGAAAGCAAUACAAAUAGGACAACAUUGUAGGAUCUAAUAUUUGCAUACUUGGAAACCCAGGGUUGGGGGAGAGAAUGGGAAGAAAAUAUAUUUAAAGAGAUAAUGGCUGAGAAUUUUCCAAAAAUAAUAAGACUUCACCCAGAUUCAAGAACCUCAGAAUACCAAAGCAGUAUUUUUUUAAAAAAGAACAAAACUAGAUGUAUUAUUGCCCAAUAGCUAAAAAUGGAUGGACAGUGCAAAGAAAAUAUUAAUGGCAGACAGAGGAAAGGGACACAUUACAUAUAAGAAGCAGAGUGAGAAAAACAUCAGACUUAUCAUCACAAACCAUGCAAGCAAAAGACAAUGGAGUUACAUCUUUAACAUUUAGAAACAACAAUAAAAAAGAUAUGAUCAAUCAAAAAUCUAAGCCUGGUGGAAAAAAUCUUUCAGAAGGUAUGCAAAAUAAAGACAUUUUCAGAUGAACAGAAGCUGAUAGAAUUCACUGUUAGCAGACCUGUACUGUAAGAGAUAUUUAGCAUACCAGAAAUAGACUUGGAUCUACCAAAAGACAUAACUAUGAAAAUAGUUAUUUCAAUCAUUUUAAGUGUAAAAUAAUUUUUAUUUUUAUUAACCCAAAAUAUAAUUCAGUAAAGCAAAAUUAGGAAUGAGGUUUUAUGAAUUUAGAGGACAUAUAAAAGUAAGAUGUUUUGUGGGAACACUGCAAAACAGGGAAGACAAAAAUUAGAAAUAUACUAGCAGAAAUUAGAGGUAUAUGGUUGUACUCUAUACAUGAAUUGGCAUAAUAUGAUUUGAAGAUAGACUGUGAAAAAAUAUAGGAAUAUAUUUGAAGCCCUAGAGUAACCAUUUAAGAAUUUUUUAAAGUACAACUCAUAAGUCGUAGUAGAGAUUAAAUUCUGGUUCCAAAAAUAGCAAGGUAGAAGCAAGCUGGCUUCACUCCUUUCAAUAGAAAACUAAAGACAAAUAUACAGCACCAAGAUUAUCACCAGCAAUAUCCCAGGACUCAAAUAGAAGGAGACAGUUCCUGAGGACACAAAUAAGUGAAAAAAACUGAGCAGAUGGUAAGAGAAGUGGACUUUCCUAUCCACAGUGCCCUUCCCCCUAAUCUGCCUGGCGCCAAGACCGUGGAAAAUUUUCCCAUCUCACAGUUUCUAUACUGGAAAAAGUUAAUCAAGGUGGACAACCAGCCUCCUCACCAUCUUGGGUUCCCUGGCAGGAGACUUGUCCCUGACUCAACCCACAGAAAGCAUCAGGAGUAACUGAAGAGAGAAAUAUCCCUGAGGACAGCCAGAGACAAAGGAGGGAGGUGGGAAUACUGUGCCCGUCAUGGAAACUCUACUCUGCAACUCAGCCAAAGGAGACAACAAUCAGAGUGGCUGUUCAGCAUCACUAUACUGUAGGUCCCCAAUCAUGAACCACUAGCCAGCUUUCUUACAACUAGGAUAUCCCCUAUGGGACCUACCCCUUUUGGGAUGGGUGGCACUAUGAUUAUUUACUAGAACUGAGGCAAACCUGGAGUUAAUAUGCCAUCUAGUACCAAAAAGGAGUCAGUAACCUGGCGGGAAAGAAGAAAAUCAACAGGUAAAAUAUAAAGAAUCUCUAGGGAGCCAUAUCCAAUGAAAAACAAAACCAGCCAGACAGAGAAGAGCGGAAUGUAUAAUCAUUCGAUGCAAAGACAGACACACAUCCAUAAGCAACAGCAGCAAACAGGGAGCCAUGGCGUCCCACAAAUGGACAAAGCAAGGAACCAGUGACUGAUCCUAACAGGAAGACGACAUGUGAACUCUAUGACCAAGACUUCAAAAGAGCUGUUUUAAGGAAACUCAGUGAUCUCCAAGAUAACACAGAAAAGCAAUUCAGAAAUGUAUCAGAGAACCUGAACAGAGAACAAAAUAAUUUUUUAAAAUCAAACAGAAAUCUUGGAACUGAGAAAUAUGUUUGCUGAACUGAAAUAUCCAUUAGAGGCUCUCAACAGCAGAAUGUAUCAAGCAGAAGAAAGAAUCAGUGAGCUCCAAGACAGGCUAUUUGUGAAUACACAGUCAGAAGAGAACAGAGAAAGAAAAAGAGCAAAUAUUGCCUGAAAGAGAUAGAAAAUACCUCAAAUGACCAAAACUAAGAAUAUUGAUGUUCAGGAGGGAGUUGAGCAAGAGCAAGGAGUAGAAAGCAUAUUCAACAAAAUAACAGAAAACUUUCCAAAUUUUAAGAAAGAGAUGAAUAUCCAGGUACAGGGAAAUCAUAGAACAGCAAACAGAUUUGACCCAACUAAGACUACCCCAAAGCAUAUAAUAAACUCUCAUAGGUCAAGGAGAAAGAAUUCUAAAAGCAGCCAAAAAAACAAACAAACAAACAAACAAAAAAACAACAAGCAAAUAACAUAUAAAGGAGCUCCAAUUCAUCUGGCAAAAGACUUCUUAACAGAAGCCAUAUAGGCCAGGAGGAAGUGGAGAGACAUUUUCAAAGUGCUGAAAUAAAAAAAAAAAAACGCAUCCAAGAAUACUGUAUCUAGCAAAGUUAUCUUCAAAUAUGAAGGAGAGAUAAAGUCUUUCCAAGAUAAACAAAAGAUGAGAGAAUUUACCACAACAGACUUCUAAGAAAGGUUCAAGGGAGUUUCCAAUGUGAAAGAAAAAGCCACUAAUGUGCAAAAUGAAAGUUUUUGAAACUGUAAAACCCAGUGGUAAAGUUAAGUACACAGACAAACCAAGAAUAGUAUUGUAAUUGUGAUGUGCAAUCCACUCGUAACUAGUAUAUAGCCCAAAAGAAAUCUAUCAAAAAGAAUAAUAGCAAGAGCAAUUUGCUAAGAAAUAGGUAAUAUAAAAAUAUGUACAUUGAGACAACCAAAAAUCAAAUGGUGGGAGGGAUGGGAGUUAAGUAUAGAAGUGUUUCUUCUUUUCAUUUUUCUUUGUUUCUAUUAUUUGUAAUCUAAGAUAAGUUUUCAUCUCUUUAAAAUAACCUGUUAUGUCUAUGAAAUGUAUUUUGUAAGCUUUAUGGGAACCACAAUACAAAAACCUAUAAUAGAUUCACUAAAAGUAAAAAGCAACAAAUUAAAACAUACUGGCACUUAACCACAAAGGAAGACAGAAAAAUGAAGACUCUUAAAUAUUUAAGCAAAAAAAGAAGACAGUAAGAAAGGAAGAAAGAAAGGGAGGAGUUACAAAACAACCAGAAAACAAGCAACAAAUGGCAUUAGUAAGUCCUUACUAAUCAAUAAUAACACUGAACGUAAAUUGACUCAUCCUCUGAUUAAAAGACAUAAAGUGGCUGAAUGGAUAGAGAAACAAGACCCAACUAUAUGCUGCCUACAAAAAACCCAAUUCACCUGUAAAGACACACAUAGUCUAAAAGUGAAGGGGUGGAAAAAGACAUAGCAUGCAACAGGCAACGAAAAAAGAGGAGGAGUAGCUAUACUUGUAUAAGAUACAAGUAUAGACUACAAAUCAAAGAAUGUAAAAAAGACAAAUAAGGUCACUAUAAAAUGAUUAAUGGGUCAAUUCGACAAGAUGAUAUAACCAUUAUAAAUAUCUAUGCAUUCAACACCAGAACUCCCAAGUUUAUAAAGCAAACAUUAAUAGAUCAAAAAGAAGAGAUAUAUGGCAAAAUAAUAGUAGUAGGAGACUUUGACAUCCCGCUCUCAGCAAUGGACAGAUCAUCCAGACAGAAAAUCAACAAAGAAACAUUGAAGUUAGGUCACACACUAGACCUAAUAGACAUAACUGACAUUUACAGAUCAUUUCACCCAAUUGCUGCAGAAUACAUAUUCUUUUCAUCAGUACAUGGAACAUUGUCCAGAAUAGACUAUAUCUUAGGCCACAAAACAAAUCUCAACAAAUUCAAAAAAAAAAGGAGAGAUUAUAUUCAGUAUCUUUUCUGACCACAGUAUAAUUAAACUAGAAAUCAAUAACAAAAAGGACAUUGGAAGCUUCACAAACAACAUGGAAAUUAAACAGCAUGCCCCUGAAUGACCAAUGGGGAAAUGAAGAAAUUAAGAAGGAAAUUUAAACAUUUUUGAAACAAUGAAAAUAGAAAUACAACAUGCCAAAAUCUAUGGGAUACAGCCAAAGCAAAACUUAGAGGUUUAUAGCAAUAAACAUAUAUCAAAAAGGUAAAAAGAUUUCAAAUAACAACCUAAUGGUGCACCUCAAGGAACUAAAAAAGUAAGAACAAACCAAAUCCAAAAUUAGUAGAAGGAAAGAAAGAAAGAUCAGAGCAGAAAUAAAUAAAAUUGAGAAUGAAAGAACAAUACAGAAGAUAAAUGAAAGAAAAGUUGGGAUUUUAAAAAGAUAAACAGAAAUCAUCAAACCUUUGGCUAAACUAACCAAGAAAGAAAGAAGAUCCAAGUAAAUAACAUCAGAAAUGAAAAAGGAGACUUAACAACUGAGACCACGGAAAUAAGAAUCAUUAGAAAUAAGAAUCAUUAGAGACUGUGAUGAACAAUGAUACACUUUGGAAAACCUAGAAGAAAUGAAUAAAAACCUAGAAGAAAUGAAUAAAUUCCUGGACACAUGCAAUCGACCACAGUUGAACUAUGAAGAAAUAGAAAACCUCAAUAAACCAGUAACAAAUAAUGAAAUUGAAGCCAUAAUAAAAAGUCGCCUAUCAAGGAAAAACUCAUGACCUGAUGGUUUCACUGCUAAAUUCUACCAAACAUUUAGAGAACUAAUACCAAUUCUACUCAAACUCUUCACAAAAAUUGAAGAGAAGGGAAUAAUUCCAAAUUUAUUCUAUGGGGCCAACAGUAUCCUGAUACCAAAACCAGAAAAGGACACAAUGAAAAAAAAACUGCAGGACAUUAUCACUGGUGAACAUAGAUGCAAAAAUUCUCAACAAAAUACUAGCAAACUGAAUUCAGCAACAUAUUAAAAAGAUCAUUCACCAACAUAUUAAAAAGAUCAUUCACCAUGAUCAAAUGGGAUUCAUCCCAAGGAUGCAAGGAUGAUCCAGUAUAUGCAAAUUGGUGUGAUGUGUCACACUAACAGAACCAAGAACAAAAACCAUCUGAUUAUUUUGAUAGAUUCUAAAAAUAAACAUUCAGUAUAACAUCCCUUUAUGAUAAAAAUCCUCAUCAAACUGGGUGUAGAAGGAACAUACCUCAGAAUAAUAAAAGUUAUAUAUGACAAGCCCACAGCUAACAUUGUGCUGAUGGGGAAGAAUUGAAGGCCUUUCCUCUAAGAUCUUGAAAAAGACAAGGAUGCCUAAUCUCACCACCUUUAUUCAAUAUAGUACUGGAAAUCCUGCAUAGAACAAUUAGGCAGCAGGAACACUGAGAAAACUUUAGCACUCCAGUUCCCAGAGAAAUUAAAGGGCAUCCAAAUUGGAAAGGAAGAAGUCAAAUUAGUCUUGUUCACAGAUGACAUGUUAUUAUACAUAGAAAAUACUAAAGACUAUCAAAAAACCAUUAGAACUGAUAAGAAAAUUGAGUAAUGUUGCAGGAUACAAAAUAAGCAUAAAAAAAUCAGUAUUAUUUAUAUAUGCCAACAGUGAACAAUCUGAAAUCAAGAAAGCAAUCCCAUUUACAAUAGCUACAAAGAAUGUACAAUACCUAGGAGUGAGUUUAACCAAAGUAGUGAAAGAACUAUCCAAGGAAAACUCUAAAACAGUGAUGAAAGAAAUUGAAAAGGACACAAAAAAUAGGAAGAUAGUCCAUGCUCAUGGAUUGGAAUAAUUAAUAUUGUCAAAAUGACAGUAUUACUCAAUGCAAUUUACAAAUUCAAUGAAAUUCCUAUGAAAAUACUAAUGACAGGCUGGGCACAGUGGCUCACGCCUGUAAUCCCAGCACUUUGGGAGGCUGAGGCGGGCGGAUCAUGAGGUCAGGAGAUUGAAACCAUCCUGGCUAACACGGUGAAACCCCAUCUCUACUAAAAAAUGCAAAAAAUUAGCUGGGCGUGGUGGUGGGCACCUGUAGUCCCAGCUACUUGGGAGGCUGAGGCAGGAGAAUGGCGUGAACCUGGGAGGCAGAGCUUGCAGUGAGCCAAGAUCGCGCCACUGCACUCUAGCCUGGGCAACAAAGCAAGACUCCGUCUCAAGAAAAAUAAUAAUAAUAAAUUAAAUUAAAUUAAAUUAAAAUACUAAUGACAUUCUUCACUGAAGUAGACAAAAACAAUUCUAACAUUCUUAUGGAACCACAGAAGAUGCCAUAUAGCCAAAGGCAACUCUGAGCAAAAGUAAGAAAGCUGGAGGCAGCACACUAUCUGACUUCAAAAUAUACUACAAAACAAUAGCAACUGAAACAGCAUAGUACUGGCAUAAAAACAGACACAUAGACCAAUGGAAAAGAAUAGAGAGCUCAAGUAUAAAUCCAUGCAUUUAUAGUUAACUCAUCUUUGACAAAGGCAUCAAGAACAUACAAUGGAAGAAAGGUCAGUCUCUUCAAUUAAUAGUGCAGGGGAAACUGAAUAUAUGCAAAAGAAUGAAGCUAGACCCUUAUCUCACCUUCACAAAAAUCAGAUCAAAAUUGGUUAAAGACUUAAACAUAAGACCUAAAACUAUAAAACUACUAUUAAUAAAAGAAAACAUUGGGGAAAUGAUUCACAACAUUGAUAUCGGCAAAGAUUUGGGUAGGACCUCAAAAGCACAGGCAGCGAGAGCAAAAAUUAACAAAUUGGAUUACAUCAAGCCAAGAAUCUUCUGCAGAGCAAGGGAAACAAUUUAAAAAGUGAAGAGACAACCCACAGAAUGGGAGAAAAUAUUUUCAAACUGACCAUCUGACCAGGGAUUAAGACCCAGAAUACAUAAGGAGCUCAAACAAGUCAAUAGCAAAAAAGCCAAAUAAUCAGAUUUUUAAUGGGCAAAAGAUCUGAGUAGAUAUUUUCAAAAGAAGACGUACAAGUGACCAACAGGUAUAAGGAAAAAAAUGAUCAAUAUCACUAAUCAUCAGGGAAAUCCAAAUCAAAACCACAGUGAGAUCUCAUCUCACUCCUGUCAAAAUUACUUUUAUCAAAAAUACAGGCAAUAAUGGAUGAUGGUGAAAGUGUGGCAAAAAGGGAAUGGUUGUACACUGUUGGUGGGGAUGUAAGUUGGUACAAUCACUAUGGCGAAUAGUAUGGAGGUUUCUUUAAAAACUAAAAAUAGAACUACCAUACAGUCCAGCAAUUCCAGUACUGGGUAUAUAUUCAAAGAAAGAAAAUAUGUCAAAAAGACACCUGCAGUCUCAUGUUUAUUGCAGCACUAUGGACAAUAGGCAAAAUAUGAAAUCAACCUAAGUGCCCAUUAAUGGAUGAAUUGUAUAUAUGCACAAUGGAAUAUUCUUCAGCCAUAAAAGAGAAUGAAAUACCAUCAUUUGCAGCAACAUGGAUGGAACCGGGAGUAAUUAUAUUAAAUGAAAUAGGCCAAACACAGAAAGACAAAUAACAUAGUCUCAAUUAUAUAUGGAAGCUAAAAAAAAGUGGAUCUCAUGAAGAUAGAGAGUAGAUUGUUGGUUACCAGAGGCUGGGAAGGUUAGUAGGGAGGAGGGAUGAAGAGAAGUUGAUUAAUGGGUGCAAAAAUAUGGUUUGAUAGAAGAAAUAAGACCUAGCAGUAGAUUAGUAGGAUGACUAUAGUUAACAGUAAUCUAUUGUAUAUUUCAAAAUGGCUAGAAGAGAAGAAUUAGAACGGUGCUAGCAUAAAGAAAGGACACAUAUUUCAGGGGAUGGAUAUUCCAAGUACACUGAUUUGAUUUUUACAAAUUAUAUAAAUGUAUUAAAUUAUCAUAAAAAUAAGAAACAAAACAAUAAACUGAGAAAAAAAUUUAAAUGACCUACAACUUAAUUUUUAAUGCCUGCAUAGUAUUCUUGUGUAUUAAUGUGUUAUUUUUACUCAACCAAUUUCUUACUAUUGAAGGCCUGUUUACUGUUUUUCACUCUUCUAAACCACAAUGCAAUAAAAAACAGAGAAAAAUAAGUUUCAUCUUUUUAUAUUCAUCAUCUCCAUAGAACAUUUAAAUGUAUGGUUGUUGAGUGAAUAGAUGUGUUUUAAAUUUUAUCUAUACUGGCUCAUUGUCCUGCCGAAAAUGAAAAUCCUCAUAUUCUCCAAGUCAAAAAUAGUGGAUCACAACGUCAUCUGAGUAAAGUUUGUGAUAUGCCUGUCCUCUGUCUGCCAGAAAAAAACUUAGAUCCUCUGAAGGAAGAUUACAUUAUCUAGAGUCGACACCAUUUUUGUACAAAAUACCUGGCAUUCAACAAAAAUUAAUGGGGCUUGCCAGAAAAUUGGCCAAAUGUCAAAACAAAAACAAAAGACAAUAUAAACAUUCAAACUUGGGAAAUGAGUAGAUUCCUUAAGACUGCAGGCAAAAGAAACUGUACAUAAGCAUGAUAUUCUAAUAGUUGAAACAGACUUCCAGAUGAUCCAGAUAUUGGAGUUAGCGGGCACAGACUUUAAAACAACUGAUUAAAGAAAAUAAAUGAAAUCUAAAAGUAAUCACUUGGUUCUGUUUUUGAAAAUUUUAUGCUUAGGGUAGCAUUUAAAAGAUCCAUUUUUAAAAAAUGGUUAUAUAAAAAUGUAAACUCCUAGAAAGCUCAACACGAUGACUGACAUUAAGAAUUUAACAGAUGGGGGCCAGGCGCAAUGGCUCACCCCUGUAAUCCUAGCACUUUAGGAGGCCAAGGCAGGUGGAUCACGAGGUCAGGAGUUUGAGACCAGCCUGGUCAAUAUGGUGAAACCCCGUCUCUACUAAAAAUAUAAAAAAAUCAGCUGAGUGUGGUGGCGUGUGCCUGUAGUCCCAGCUACUCGGGAGGCUGAGGCAGGAGAAUCACUUGAACCCGGGAGGCAGAGGUUGCAGUGAACUGAGAUCACGCCACUGCACUCUAGCCUGGUGACAGAGUGAGACUCCAUCUCAAAAAAAGAAAUUAACAGAUGGGAUUAAUAGCAGAUUAGAUAUGGCUAAUAUUUUGUCCUUAUUUCUCACAGUUCUUAGUCUAGCUAAAGGCUUAUGAACAUUGUCAUUUCAAAAAAAAACUUUCCAUUUUAUCUUCUGUAUUGUUUUUAUAGUUUCAAUUUCAUUUAUUUCUGCUCUGAUGUUUAUUAUUUCUUUCUUUUUACUAAUUUUGGAUUUGGUUUGUUUUGCUUUUUUAGUUCCCCUCACAGUCCUAUAGCAUUUGUAGCUCAGUAGAGUGGGAACUCCUUAAGAGUAAAUAUGGUGCUUUAUACAUUACAGGUGUACCGUAAAUGUUUGCAAAGACGAUGCCCUAUAGAGGCCCAGAGUUAAGGUUUCAACAGAAUUAAAAGUUACUCGUCUUACCAUAAGUACUGCCAAAAAAGAAUAAUGAUUAUUGAGAGUAAAAGCAAGAGUAUGACUAUAGGAAUCCACUCUGAGAUCUCUCCAAACAACAAUUCAAGUGCCUUCUAUUUCAGACUGAUUUGGGUCUAGGUAAUGUAAUUUCUUUUAGGGAUGUAAGAAAAGCAUGGUUGAUUUGAUCCUAAAAUCCUGAAAAGAGAGAUGGGAAUUACAGCAGGGUAGAGUUUAGAGAUGUAAGGUGGAAGUCUAUGGAAGGCAAGAAGAGAGAAAAGGAAAAAUUGAUGGAAAAUUGUAUAUGAGAAAGUUGUUUUCCAAAAGAGUUGCACCAUUUUACAUUUCAGCCAACAAUGUAUGACAGUUCGUUUCUCUGUAUCCUUGCUAACACUUGUUAUUUCUUGUCUUUUUCAUUACAGGAGUUCUAGUGGGUGUGAAGUGGUAUCACGUUGCAAUUUUUAUUUGCAUUUUCCCUAAUGAAAUUAUAUUGAGCAUGUUUUCAUGUGCUAUUUAGCUGGUUCAUCCCACCAAACCCAUGGCUGGAAUUGCCCCAAAGGCGGUGGCGGGGGAGUUCCCACCAUGGAGUACCCCCAAACCAUCCUGAGAUGGGGCUGGUUGGGAUUCUAAAGAAAGAAACACUUAAUGCCAGUAUGAUCAGUCCAAAACAUUUAGUAGUGGAACUUAAAGAGGGCUGCAGCAAUUCUUGUGAUGGACAGUGAAAGAAAAGGGGCAUUCUACCUAGGUAUGUUCACAGCGAGGGAGUCAGGGUAUGGAGUUUUCAUGAGGGCUUAAGGAAUUUGGUCCAGGGCCAGGGCCAGUUUCUUUCAGUAUUUUGGGCAACAACCUAGAUGCCUUUAUCAAUGUCUGGGAAUGUUGAAGGCCCCGGUUUGGGUUCAAGCCUGCUGGAAAAAGUGUGCAGCUGGCUGGGUCACAGAGUGGUCGAGGCACUCUGUGAUUUUUGGUCAGGACACAGAAAGAGAGGGUAACUGGAGGACCCUACAUUAGCCAUUUGUGUGUGCUGGACACUUCUUUGGAGGACUACCUGUUGAAAUUCUUUGCCCAUUUUAAGUUGAAUCUUUUCUUCUCAUUGUCUUCCGUAUGCUAAAUAUUAUAUAACAGUCUCCUCCAUUGUUGUCUGUAAUGUAAAACCAUCUUGGGAGGGAGAUCCUGGGAAAUGGGUAGAUGCUUGCUUUUCUUCUUCAAUACAGACAAGUUGUUAGAAGGGGUUGUUGUGAUGCCAAGUUAAUAACAGCCAACCCAACACAGGGAUCUAAGGGUUUGAAGAAUAACAAGAGUCUUAACAUUAGAAUCCAUACAUGUGUAUGUUCACACCCUUUAUGUGAUACUGCAAUUAGGACUAUGGUAAGAUUUUACCUCCUUGGAGACAACAAAAGUGCCCACACAGCUGAAUAUCCCUAUCAGUGGUACGUGACAUAAAUAAUGUUUCACUGUAUGAACAAAACCAAAGGAUUAGAAAUCAGAGAGAGGAAACCCCAACAAUACAUAUUGCAAAAAAUAAAAAAUAUAUAUAAUAGAAAAAAUAUCAUAAUGAACAGGCAAGUCACUUAAAUAAAAGUUCAAAUUGAUAGUGAAAAUAUGUAAAGGUACCCAACCAUGUUAGUAACUAGGGAAGUCAAAACUACAACCAGAUCUAUUUUUAUCACUUAAGGUUGUCAAAGUUUUUUCUUUUUCUUUUUUUCUUUUUUUCUUUUUUUUUUUUUUUUUGAGACAGUCUCACUCUCUUGCCCAGGCUGGAGUGCAGUGGCAUGGUCUCGGCUCAUUGCAAUCUCCGCCUCCCAGGUACAAGUGAUUCUCAUGUCUCAGCUUCCCUAGUAGCUGGGAUUACAGUCAUGCACCACCACACCUGGCUAACUUUUUUAUUUUUAGCACAGAUGGGGUUUCACCAUGUUGGCCAGGCUGGUCUCGAACUUCUGACCUCAGGUGAUCUGCCCACCUCGGCCUCCCAAAGUGCUGGGAUUACAGGUGUGAACCACUGCACCCUGCCAGGUUGUCUCAAUUUUUUCAAGAAAAUGUGGUGAAUCUGCUACUCUCAGAAACUGCUUGUGGGAGUGGAAACUAGUGCAAUUGCUUUGAGGAAUUAAUUAGCAGUAGCUAUCAAAUGUUUAAAUAUGCUUACCACAUGACCUAGCAAUUGCAAUCUUUCUGCCCCUCCCAUGGAGAAUGGUCACACCUCAUAGGAGGGCAUGAAUGAGAUGUUUAUUGCAGCUUUGUUGUAAUAGUGGAAAAAUUGAAAACAAUUUCUAUGUCUUUCAUAUAAACUGUAUAAGCACAUUUGCAAAAUAUUAUGUGGCAUGUAAGAUGAAUGAUGUUCUUUAAGUCUUACAAGGACACACAUUCUACACAUUGAAAUGCAUAUAAAAGAGUCCAGAAUAAUAAUAAAUAAAUAAAAAUACAAUAAAACAAACAAAAAAGAGUCCAUAAGAAUAGAUACUAAACUGAUAACGGUCUCUACCUUAAAGACAGGGAAUGGAGAAGAGUACUGGGCAGCUGUGGUGGUCGAAGGAGAUUUUAGCUGUUAUCUUUAGUAUUAUUUAAAAGAAAAUAGUAGAUUAUGAUUUUAUAAUUUAAAAAUAUUAAUACUAAUAAUAUCAUUACUACUAAUAGGGGAAAUUGAGUUAACAAAUACCCAGUGAUAUCAUAGAAGUGGAAAAUGCAAUUUCUCAAUCUAGAAUACAUGGAAGAAGUAUAGCUUAGCUAAGCGUGGUACCAAGAGAAAUAUGCACUGACUGGGUAAUGCACCAAAGAUUAGCAGCCUUUAGAGAAAGGAGCCUUCUGCCCAAAGAGAAGCAUUGUUGCAGGUUGCAUUCCCUGGGAAGUAGACUCUGAAAUGGACAGUAGCACUCAGGUGGUGCAAAUGUAUUAGAAAUAUUAAGAAAAGUAUAAUUUGAAGUGGAGCCUGAAGAUGUGACAAAAUGGCUACAAUUUCAUGAUAAAACUUGAAAGGAUAAGGAGUUGUUUCUUAAGGAUGAACAAAGAAAGUGGUUUCAUGAAAUGGAAUCUGCUUUUAGUGAAGAUGCGUGAGCACUGUUGAAAUGACAACAAAGGAUUUCAAAUAUGAUGUAAACCUAGUUGAUAAAGCAGUGGCAGGGUUUGAGAAGACUGACUCCAAUUUUGAGAGAUGUUCUACUGUGGGUAAAAUGCUAUCAAACACUGUCACAUGCUACAGAGAAAUCUUUCAUGAAAGGAAGAGUCAAUCACGGGGGGCAAACUUCAUUGUUGUCUUAUUUUAAGAAAUUUCCACAGCCACUCCAGCCUUCAGCAACUACCACCCUGAUCAGUCGGCAGCCAUAAACAUCAAGGGAAGACCUUCCCCCAGAUAAAAGAUUAUACAACUCACAGAAGGCGCAGAUGAUUGUUAGCAUUUUUUAUCAACAAAGUAUUUUUAAAUUAAGGUAUGUACAUUGCUUUUUUUUUUUUUUUUUUUGUUUUGAGACAGAGUCUCACUCUGUCGCCCAGGCUGGCACAAUCUUGGCUCACUGCAACCUCCGCCUCCCGGGUUCACACCAUUCUCCUGCCUCAGCCUCCCGAGUAGCUGGGACUACAGGUGCCCGCCACCACGCCCGGCUAAUUUUUUUGUAUUUUUAGUAGAGAAGGGGUUUCACCGUGUUAGCCAGGAUGGUCUCUAUCUCCUGACCUUGUGAUCUGCCCAUCUUGGCCUCCCAAAGUGCUGGGAUUACAGGCAUGAGCCACUAGACAUAAUGCUAUUACACAGGUAAAUGGUAUGUUUACAGUAUAGUAUAAACAUAACUUUUAUGUGCAAUAAGAAACCAAAAAAUUCAUAUGACUCACUUUAUUGAGAUAUUCAUUUUAUUGCAGUGGUCUGGACCCAAACCUGCAAUAUCUCCCAGGUAUGCACAUAUUAAGAAAACUUUGGUCAAGUAAGGUGGUCAUGCCUGUAAUCCUCUGCACUUUUGGAAGGCUGAGGUGGGAGGAUUAGGAUUGCUUGAGGCUGAGAGAGACCAGCCUAGGCCACAUAGGAAGACCCCAUUUCUACAAAAAAAAAAAAAAUUAAAAAAUGAUCCAGGCAUGGUGGUACAUGCCAGUAGUCCUAGCUACUCAAGAGGCUGAAGCAGGAGAAUUACUUGAGCCCAGGAGUUUAAAAUUACAGCGAGCCAUGAUGAUUUCACCAGUGCACUCCAAGGUAGGCAACAGAAUGAGACCCUAUCUCUAAACAAAAUACUUUCUGCCCUGAGGUUCGUAAAGGUAUUAGCCCAUAUUAUUAAGUGGUGUAAUUACUUCUGAAACUAAUUACUCAGUGUUUUGUCAAACUUCACAGUUUAAGUGCACAGUCCUCAGAAGACUUUUUUCAUUCCAAACUGCAACUUCAAGGGUUUCCAUGCCACCCUCACUUCUGACCAGCUGAACACUUCUGAUCACUAACCUCUCAGGUUUAAUAAUUUGCUGAAACAACUCACAGAACCCAGAAAAAUUAUAUUUAUUAAUUACAGCUUUAUUAUUGAAAAAAGGAUACAAAUCAAAACCAACCAAAGGUAGAAACACAUAGGACAAGGUCUGGGAGGGUUCCAGAUGAAAAUUCCAUGGUUCUUUCUCUUGAAGUCAGGACACAUUACCCUCCCAGCACAUAGCUGUAUGAAAAUACUUGCCAACCAUAGAAGUUUAUCCAAGCUUGUGUUCAUAGAUUUUGUUGGGGCUGUAUUACAUAGGUAUGAUUGAUUGAAGAACUGACAUGUAACUCAAUGUCUAGCCCCCAUCCUCUACACAGGCUGGUGUUAUUUGGCUCAUAGUCCUAAACUUCAAAUCACAUGAUCUAUCUGUCUGGUAUAACCAGCACCUAUCUGAAGUAAUCUCACUAGCAGAACUUAUCCAGAGGCCCAUCAUGUGUCACCUCUUUAGCACAAUCUGUCAGGUAUAGUGUGAGUGGCCCACCGUGAAUAACAAAGAGCUUCUAUAAUUCAGGAUAUUUUAAGAGUUUAGAUGCCACCUCCCAGGAACUAGGGACAGAGGCCAGAAAAGUUGGAGAAAUCCGGAAUGUGUAAUAUCAUAACAACUGACCUAAUUCCUUCAACAGGUCAGGGUCUGAAAAAAAGGAAUGAUGUAGUAGUGUUCAAUAAUAAAUACACCUAAGUAGAUAAAUAAAAUGAAUGGGCUGAAUAUUGAUUUGACAAACCAGUCAUGAGAUAUUUUUAGGUAAUCAGGAAAAUUUUAAUAGAGAUUGGGUAUGUAAAGGAAAAUAAAAAUCUCAGGAUCCUUCAAACUUAGGCAAAUGUGGAGAUUAAGCCCUGGAGUUCAGUCAUUGCAAUACCCUCUUCCAAAUGAACAGCUGUGCAUUAGCCACAUCCCCAUGAAAGGUGAAAAGCCUCAGGUAUUUGGGAAGAGCUUUCCCCAUAGAUUACUCAUAAGUAAAUUUUUUGCUGACCUCUCAUAAACAAGCACAUGCCAAUUGUUGCUUUUGUUCUACAAUCUAAGUCUAGCUCCUAAAACUCCACACUGAUCAUGAAAGAGCCUUUGCAAAAAUCAUGACAGUGAAGAAAUCUGACACAAGUGACUCCAUCUUGGUUCUAACCCCACAAGCUGUACUUGCUCAUUCCUGUGCAUAGGCCAAGCUAACUAUGGGAAGAAUUCAGUUUAGAGUUUAACUUUAACACAAAGAUAAUAAAAGUCCCCUCCUGGAACUAACCCCUUCCUUGCUUGGGGACUGAAACUGCCUUCAUAAAGCUAACAAAUUGUCCACAAGGAGUCACAAAGCUGUAAGUCACAAGAUUUGUAACCUCCUUAAUUGCUCCUAUAGAUAACAUCACUACUAUAAAACCUAGAACUGGUGCUUGAGGUAUUUUUCAGACUCUGCAUUCUGAUGGACCAGAUGAUGUCACCCAGACCAGUAUCCCAUACCAAGAAACUGACCUCCACCCUGGAACUAACUCAGUGCACAAAGACAGCUUCGACCCCUUAUGAUUUCAUUCCCAACUAAGUCAAUCAGUAUUCUGCAUUCCCUAGCCCCUGCCCACCAAACUAUCCUUGAAAAAUCCCAGCCUUUGAAUUCUCAGGGAAACAGAUUUGAGAUAUCUCCCAUUCUUCUAUUUGGCUGGCCCUGCAAUUAUUAAACUAUUUAUUUGCUUCAAAACCUGCUGUUUUCAGCGCAUUGGCUUUUCUAGGCAGUAAGAAGAACCCUCGCUGAUUACAAUAAUGUUGAUUACAAGUUUAUCUUCCCAGGUGCAGAACAAAGUCAAGACUCAUUCCUCCACCUACUCUCCUCUACCUCCACAUAUAUCCACAUAAUUGACUCUACUUUUACUCCCCUUUCCUCUUAAGACAUUCACCUUAUUUAUGUCAAAAUGUAGAUUUAUUGGGGACUAACUGAAGUCUCACAAGAAUGUAACUAUUUGCCUAACUGCAUACCUACCCCUCUUCCUAUAUCCCUUCCCCACCCCUUUAAGGAAAUUGAUAAAUACUAAACCUCCUGAAAACCUCUUUGGAAAGAUAGUCACAGAUGUGUCUGUGGCUUUGUUUUUCCCUGGCAGGUCCUAAAGCUGGCUUAGGAAACCUCAAUGAUUGAGACUUAUGCCUGAGUCACUCAUUUUGGUUGUCAAGUAUUAGGAAAUAUUAAGAAAUAACUGGUAUUUUGUUCAGUGUGAUAGUAGUAUUGUGGUUUUGAAAGAAAAUAUUUUUAUUUUAAAAUAUAUUUAGCAAAGCAUUUUUAGGUGAAAAGACAUAAUUACAGGAAUUUGCUUUAGAAUUGUAACUAAAAGAAAAAAACAGUGAUAGAUGAAUUAAAUAGGCUAAACAGUGUUAAUUAUUGAAUUUGGGAUAUGAGUAUAUAGAGUUCAUUUUACUAUUCUCUCUACUUCUAUAUAUGUUUGAAAACUUUGAUAAUAAAAUGUAACAAACUACAGCUGACCUUCAAACAGGUUUGACCUUCAAAACAGGUUUGAACUCUGCAGGUCCACUUAUACAUACACUGUAUUCUGCUUUUGCCAUCCCUGACACAGCAAGACCAACCCCUUCUCUUCCUCGUUCUCCUCAGCCUACUCAACUCAGUGAAGAUGAUGAGGAUGAAGAUCUUUGUGAUGAUCUGCUUAAUAAAUAGCAAAAAAUACUUUCUCUUCCUUAUUAUUUUCUUAAUAACAUUUUAUUUUCUCUAGCUUUAUUGUAAGAAUACAGUCCAACCAAGGCGGGCAGAUCACCUGAGGUCGGGAGUUCGAGACCAGCCUGACCAACAUGGAGAAACCCUGUCUCUAAAAAAAAAAUAAAAAUAAAAAUACAAAAUUAGCUGGGCAUGAUAGUGCAUGCCUGUAAUCCCAGCUACUUGGGAGGCUGAGGCAUGAGAAUUGCUUGAACCUGGGAGGCGCCAUUACACUCCAGCCUGUGCAACAAGAGCAAGACUCUGUCUCAAAAAACAAAAAACAAAAAACAUAUAUAUAUACAUAUAACAUACAAAAUAUAUGUUAAUUGUUUAUGUUAUUGGUAAGGCUUCUGUUCAACAGGCUAUUGGUAGUUAAGUAAGUUAAGUUUUGGGGGAGUCAAAACUCACAGGUAGAUUUUUCAACUGCCCAGGGGUCAGCUCCCCUAACCCUCGUGUUGUUCAAGGGUCACCUGUAUGUUUAUACCUGCCUAGGAGAAAAAUCAUGGCUUCUUUGUUUCAUCUAGUUUAUUCAACCAUAAGACACUUAAUUUCAUUUAUGUCAGGAUCAGGAUCAAAGUAUGUAAUAAAAUAUUUGAAGCCGAACACAAAUUAGAAAACAAUUCAAGAUUUUACACAUGCCCGUAUUACAACGUUGUCUUAGAUUCCCUGCCAAUGGAGCUGCUUUUGUUUGCCGUAACAGUACACACUUAAAAUAAAUGAAGUUCAAGAUAUUUCUCUGGCUUAAUAUUUAUAUUGCCUUUUUGUGGGUUCUUAGUAUAUUAGAGCGAACAGCACAUUAAACAAAACACUGUCAUAAGCCCUUAGGUACCUUGAGGAAUAAUGGAGGGAAAGGAGUCAAACACUUUACUCCCUUCUCUCCUUGCCACCAACCCCUAAAUAUACACAACUUGGACACUAAGGACUAAAACUCCAUUCCUCUUUCCCUCCCCCUCACUGAUACGGAAGGGGGCCAUGGAAGUGCUGGAGAGGAGAAGGGUGUGGUCCCUGACUAGGGGUCUACCCCCAGGCCUGUGGCCACGGACCUAGGCGAGGACAGGCAUUCCUGCCUUUGCGCCCAAAUAUUGCAUUUCCCAAGACCACCCUGGCCCACCACGCCCCCAUCCUGUGCCUUUAAAAACCGAGAUCUUAGCAGGCAGAAACACAAGCUGCUGGACGUUGAGAGGAGAGCAUUGGCGGACACACAAACGGCUGGAUAUCGAGAGGCCAUCGAGGGGAGCAGGUCGGCAAAAGAGCACACUGAAGAGACCGGCAGGCCAGCAGGCCAUUAACGGGUGGAACCAUGCAGUUUGGCCUAGGUAGUCGGAGGAGCGCCCAGGCCGCCGAGAGGCUGACUCCAGGUUGAGUUGAUGAUAUUUGGGGAGCCGGCAUUUGACACAAGUUUGAGAUCUGGUGUUCCUUAACGUUCAGCGUCCAUCGGAGCUCAGCCUGUCACUUUUACGCUUCCCAUUUUUAGCCUACCCUUUGCUUCUGCUAAAAAUUUUGGUUUCUAACUUAUUUUCAUAAUACAAGCUGCACUUUUCACUUUUAUAUGGCAUCACUUUAAAAAUUUUACAAUUAUUUUCUCAUGAGCUUUUAAAAAUGAAUAAAACAAAAACGAAUCUGAUAGUAGUAGCGCCAGAGAAGUGGCUCAAACCCAACCGGCUUGAGUGAAAACAAAACCCAGCUGGUGGGAAGCACCGCCCUUGGAGCAUUCUGGGAACUGUAGUCCAGGAGUGAGAGAACUCUGAGACGCUUCCGCUUAGGAAUUCUGGGAAGUGGAGUCCACGAACCGUGGGCACUCGGAGGCACUUCCGCUCCAGGAAGGCGAGGUCGGAUCUGAGAUAGCUCCCAGGGAGGUGAGUCAGCUCCGGGUCUCCAGGACUUCUCCGAGCCCUCUUUGCCUAGGCGUGGGGCCAGCGAUGAACCGGUCCUUGGCUUGGGGAAGAGAAGCAGCGGCCAGCGCUGGAGGGCGGGGUUGGGAGGCUGCGGGAGUUUGCGUCCCCUCGGCAGAACCUCUUGCGUUGGAGGCUGGCUCGCGUCGUCCUUCGAGGUUGAAGGUCUGCUGCCCUAGCCGUCCUCACGCAUAUACCAGCCAGUCCUGCCUGCUCCUCGCAGUAAAAUAUUGGGUUCACUCCCCCAGAACUCUGCCUUUUCCCAGAAGGAGGAGGGGAAAAAUGACCAAGUUCCGGGAGGCAGUGACAUUCAAGGAUGUGGCUGUGGCCUUCACCGAGGAGGAGCUGGGGCUGCUGGACUCUGCCCAGAAGAAGCUGUACCGAGAUGUGAUGCUGGAGAACUUUAGGAACCUGGUUUCAGUGGGACAUCAGUCCUUCAAACCAGAUAUGAUAUCCCAGUUGGAGAUGGAAGAAAAGCUUUGGAUGAAGGAGCUUCAAACCCAAAGAGGAGACAGGAAUCAAAAUGAGAUGGCAACUCUUCACAAAGCAGGAUUAAGGUGCUUUUCACUGGGAGAGCUUUCAUGCUGGCAAAUCAAGAGACACAUUGCGAGCAAAUUAGCCAGAAGUCAAGACUCCAUGAUAAAUAUUGAAGGAAAGAGCUCUCAGUUCCCCAAGCACCAUGAUUCCCCCUGUCAAGUGGGAGCAGGAGAAUCUAUUCAAGCUUCUGUGGAUGACAACUGUCUAGUGAAUCACAUAGGGGAUUAUUCCAGUAUCAUUGAAAAUCAAGAAUUUCCAACUGGGAAAGUUCUGAAUUCUUGGAGUAAAAUAUAUCUGAAUGAGACACAGAAUUAUCAGAGAAGUUGUAAGCAGACUCAGAUGAAAAACAAGUUAUGUAUAUUUGCUCCAUAUGUUGACAUUUUCAGUUGUAUUUCACACCACCGUGAUGAUAAUAUAGUGCACAAGAGAGAUAAAGUUCAUAGCAAUAGUGAUUGUGGUAAAGAUACCCUAAAGGUAUCACCUCUUACCCAGCGUAGUAUUCACACAGGACAGAAAACCUACCAGGGUAAUGAAUGUGAAGAAGCCUUCAAUGAUAGCUCCAGUCUUGAACUUCAUAAGCAGGUACACCUGGGAAGGAAGUCUCCAGCGUGUAGUACACAUGAGAAGGACCCCAGUUAUACUUCAGGUAUUCCUGUUCAACAAAGUGUUCGUACUGGAAAAAAACGCUACUGGUGUCAUGAGUGUGGUAAAGGUUUCAGUCAGAGCUCAAAUCUGCAAACUCAUCAGAGAGUCCACACAGGGGAGAAACCCUAUACAUGCCACGAGUGUGGUAAGAGCUUUAAUCAGAGCUCACAUCUUUAUGCUCAUUUGCCUAUUCACACAGGAGAGAAGCCCUAUAGAUGUGACAGUUGUGGGAAGGGCUUCAGUCGUAGCACAGAUCUUAACAUUCAUUGCAGAGUUCACACUGGAGAGAAACCUUAUAAAUGUGAGGUGUGUGGGAAGGGCUUCACUCAGAGAUCACACCUUCAGGCCCAUGAAAGAAUUCACACUGGAGAGAAACCAUAUAAAUGUGGGGAUUGUGGUAAACGCUUUAGUUGUAGCUCAAAUCUUCAUACCCAUCAGAGAGUGCACACUGAAGAAAAACCAUACAAAUGUGAUGAGUGUGGUAAGUGCUUUAGUUUGAGCUUUAAUCUUCAUAGUCAUCAACGAGUCCACACAGGAGAAAAGCCAUAUAAAUGUGAAGAGUGUGGUAAGGGUUUUAGUUCAGCCUCAAGUUUCCAGAGCCAUCAGAGGGUCCAUACAGGAGAGAAACCAUUUCGAUGCAACGUGUGUGGUAAAGGCUUCAGUCAGAGUUCAUAUUUUCAAGCACAUCAGAGAGUCCACACUGGAGAAAAACCAUACAAAUGUGAAGUGUGUGGGAAGCGCUUCAAUUGGAGCUUGAAUCUUCACAAUCAUCAGAGAGUCCACACGGGAGAGAAACCCUACAAAUGUGAAGAGUGUGGUAAGGGUUUCAGUCAGGCCUCAAAUCUUCAAGCCCAUCAGAGCGUCCACACUGGGGAAAAACCAUUCAAGUGUGAUGCAUGUCAGAAGCGAUUCAGUCAGGCCUCACACCUUCAAGCCCAUCAGAGAGUCCACACCGGAGAGAAACCAUAUAAAUGUGACACUUGUGGUAAGGCCUUCAGCCAGAGGUCAAAUCUUCAAGUCCAUCAGAUAAUUCACACUGGAGAGAAACCAUUUAAAUGUGAGGAAUGUGGGAAAGAAUUCAGUUGGAGUGCCGGUCUCAGCGCCCAUCAGAGGGUCCACACGGGAGAGAAACCCUAUACGUGUCAGCAGUGUGGGAAGGGCUUCAGUCAGGCCUCACAUUUUCACACACACCAGAGAGUCCACACUGGAGAGAGGCCUUACAUAUGUGAUGUCUGUUGUAAGGGCUUCAGUCAGAGGUCACAUCUCGUCUACCAUCAGAGAGUCCACACUGGAGGGAAUCUGUAGAAAUGAGAGGUGUGGUUCAGCCUUCAGUUAGAGCUCACAUCUUUGUCUCCGUUGGGAAGUCCAUGCUGAUGAUUGUGAAAAGUUCCUUUAAAACUAGAAGCUUCAAAGAAUCUUGACAGGAAAGAAGUCUUUCAAAUGCUGUUUUAGACUUGGUUAGGACAUGAAUUCUUUACAAACGUCAUAUUUCACAGAUGUGAGAAAACUUUGUUCUGUAAAUAUGAUCAGUGUUUGUAUCAGAGUACCAAGUGUCCCAGUUCUCAAGAUGUAACACAGCAGAAAAGUCUUGUCAGAGUCUGCCCAGGAGAGAGGCCUUCCUUUAACAAAAGUAUGAUUGACAGAAAAAAUUGAUGUCAACUAAAAUGUAACCUCUAUGUAAGGAGGUGUUUUUCACCACUGUAUCUCUACCAUGUAGAAUUGUGCUUGGCCCAUAGUAGAGCCCAGCAAUUACUGAAGAAAGUGAAGAAAAUACCUAUAAUUAGGACAAAUACUUGAAAAUUCUAGUCUGUUUUCUACUCUAAAUUUAUAUUAAUUUAUAUUCAAAAGGAAUCCUGCAAGUAGCCUUAAUAAUGUUAGUUUCAGUAAGUACUGAAAAGUAUAUAAUACUGCCAUCCAUACUAACACAAAUUUGGAAAAAGGACAUGAAUGGCUCCCAUCCUUCAGCCUUAGUUCAUUGUACAGCGUAUCAUCAGUUGUGUACAGUAUGAUUUUUAAUGUCAUUAGUUUAUAGACUGAACAAUACUGUUUUUAUCUAAUGUGACCCUGCAAUUUACAUGAUUAGAAUUUUUGGACACUAAGCUUUACUGUAACUCUGAAAGUGUUAAAAGUAGUUAAUGAUGACAAAAAGUUUCUUAGUAAACUUGAAUUGUUAA